AUGGGACCCGACGAUGACCACCUGCUCCGGCAAGGUCCCAAGUUGGGCUUCGUAGUCGUUCGUUUCAACAAGAGCUCUAUUACUCCCGUCUCUCCCAAUACUCCCGCUAGCCUCGCACUGAACGACUUCUAUCGCAGGGGACAAAGCGGUCGAUACUUCAACCGGAUCGACCUCGAGCAUUCGGGAUCGAUUAUGAUGUAUCAACAGCGUCCGAGUAAUGGAUACAUGGCCACUCGCGAAUUAGUAGUCAGCGAGUUUCGGGUGGUGCUAGUCAACAUGUCGGACAACUUCUGGGAGGUGGAAGCACGUCUUAUAGGAGAGAAAUUCACGUUGGUAAAUCCGCACGGUGGCUUCAUGGACAAUACGCCAGUACCUGAAUCGAAGAUACCCACUGUGAGGCUUCCACGCAAGCCGGAUCAGCGCGACAACCCAGUAACCCCGAGUCACGAUACCAUGCAAGAAGAGCAUGUUACCCUGCCUGAACUCGCUCAACCCUCUUCGCAGUUUCCUCCGCUAGGUCCACAGUACGAUCAAGAAACUCAGCCAGACUGGACGCGGACUCGUACACCGUUGUUCGACCGUCGAGCCGACCCACCCUUCCGCGGGCCCGGCGACAGACCAUACGCUCAAACCAUAGUCUUCUCGCCGCGUCCACCCACUUUACCCGGACUUUUUGGCGCACAAGACUCUGGAGCUAUCUGGUCGAAGAAAGCGGUGGCUGUUGUCUAUGGGGGACAGUGGAACAAGAAUGGAUUAGGGGCACAGAGAAACACAUGUUGA